GAGGGUGAAUCGCAGAGGUUCUUACCUUUUCAAAUUUAGACAGUUUAAAUAUUUAAUAGGGAUAUAUCUAAGAAAAAGCAUUUCCCAAAUGAACUGCAACCCAUAAUGUAAACAGUACCAACUCUCGAAUUAUAAUCAGCCACUUCACAUGUAUCUGGUACUUCGCAGAGUAGAGGUUAGUAGAGAUGUGAAGCAAAUCUGCGAUACACAGGAGAUUGAUUAGUGGUCAACUUGUUAUGUAGCAGAAGCUUUGCUAAGGAAGGGACCUGGUUAAAUUAUGAGCAUGAAUGAGCAGCUUUGUGUGUUAUUGUUCAGCGGUCAGGUCGAGCUGUGUCCCGUGAUAGCCAUUUCGUAUUCUAGAAUAUUUGUCCGAAGUGUAGAAGCUCUGAAUUGGAGGACGUUGUGCUAUGCGGCAGUAAAGCUCUGCAAGAGAUGUGUUGUGACAUGGUUUGUAAUUUCACCCUUCAGUGUGCAGCUUAAACACUAUGCUUUAUCAGAGAGGUCUGAAUACUUAAUGCACACGCCCAGACCAAUGGGAGGACUUGACAGAGUGAACUGAAAAGAAUGGGGCAAAAUGAAGCUCAUCAGGCGGACGAUUUUGAGAAUGAAUCUGAUGGCGAUUUAUUAGAUCUGAAGACUCUGGUUGAAAACCAGCAACAAGCCACCAUGCCAGAGUCUGGAAUGUUUCAGAGUUCGGCUGCAAAGUCAUUGAUGAUGGGAGUAAUCCUGGGGGCUGGAGUGGCAGCGGUGCUGAUUGCCACCACCAUCCUCAUUGUACACCGGCGACUACAAGAGAGAAGAAUUCAAGCUCAGGAAACCCCGAAAUACCGAUUCCGAAAACGUGACAAAGUAAUGUUCUAUGGACGCAAGAUCAUGAGGAAGGUAUGAAGGAAAUGGCCUACCUGAGAGCAGA